AUGAAAUAUUUCUUUAUAAAUUUGUAUAUAAUUAUAAUUUUUAUAUUUUUAAUAAAUAAAGGUUAUAGUGAUGAUGAUUAUGAUGAUUCAUUAUCACAAGAUAAUAAUAAUUUACCACCAGAUUAUAUAUUAAAUAUUAAGAAUGAAAAUGGAACGAAAAUACCGAUAAUGGUAAUGCCAGCAUGGUCAGCACCUUAUAAUCCAGUUUUAAUAAUUGGUAGAAAUUUUGGAAAUGUAAAUAGUAAUAUAACAGUUUUUAUAGGGAGAAUACCGUGUAUUGAUGUGAUUCAUUUCGAUAAUAAAACCACAUUAAAUAAAACCCUUUUAAAUAUAGAUUUUGGUUCAAUUUAUGGUGAUAUUAAUGAUUCAUAUAGUAUGAAUAGUUAUAUUCAAGAUCGACAAUAUGUGAAUGCAUUAUUAAAUUAUACAUAUAGGAAUCAAGAUGUUCAAAUUAUAAAAUGUAAUUUACAAACACCAGUGAUAUCAUCGGAAUAUUUAAAAGCUCAAAAUGUUUAUAUAGCAGUUGAUGGUGUUUUAGGUUUUGUAAAAAAUGGUUUCUCUUACAAAGAUGUUUCAAAAUGUGCUGAUAAUACAGAUAUAUGUAAUAAUAAUGGUAUUUGUUAUUUAGGUGUUUGUUUAUGUAAUUCUACGAUAAUGGAUGGUCCAUUAUGCGAUAUGAAAAGGAAUAUUUCAAUAUUAGAAAAACCAAUAAUAUCUUCAAAUUAUCCUGAAAUUAUUUAUUCAAAUUCAAAUAGUAGUUGGUUAAUUAAAUUUAAUGAAUUACAAACUAUUAAAAAAACAAUUUCAGAUAGUAGAUUAUUGAGAUAUGAUAAAUUUAUAAAUUAUACAGAUCCAAUUAAUAAAUGGAAAUUAAUUAAUACUUCCAAUAGUAAAAUUAAUAAUAGUAAUAAUAAUAACAUUAAAGAUAAUACUAAUGAUGAUUCAAUUAGAUAUCAAUUAAUUACAAAUGAUAUUACAACAACAAUUGAUAUAAUUUCAAUUGGUAGUGAAAGAGAAAUUGAUUUUUAUCCAGGGCAACCAAUGCCAUCAAAAUUUAAUAUAGGUGAUUUAAGAAUUUCAAUAACUUUAAGUAAUUUAUCAGAGAAAUAUCAAGAUUUGUAUAGUUUUAAAAUGAUAUUUGAAAUACAAACAAUUAUUGAACCAAAAUUGAAAUGUGGUUCAAAAGUUGAUUUUGAAACAUACGACUUUCAAUUUGGUAAAGGUUUCGAUCGUGAUGAUAUUAGAUGGAUUUCAACAACAUCGAAUUUUUCAACAUUAUAUUGUAGAUUCUUUGGUAAAUGUUUUGCAGAUCAAACACCACAAACAUGUGCAUUCGAUUUAGAUGAAGAUCCAAAAACUCAAGAUAAAGGUGAUGCAACAAUGUUUAUUUAUUUUGAACCAUUUCAUUAUAAUGUAACAGCAAUACCUGAUUUUAAAAUUUUAACAUUUGUUCAAUAUCCAAAUAUUACUAUUAUACCAUGUAAAGAAUUCUUAUCAAAAACUGAUGUAACUGCUUGGUUAAUUCCAACAAUUAUACCAAUAAUUGGUGUAACUUUAAUUGGUCUUACAAUAGUUGUAUUUAAUAUAAUUUGGGAUAAUGAUGAGUCAUUAAAUAUAAAAGAAAAUAAUAAUUUAAAAAAUAGAACUAAAAAUAGAAGAACAAUUUAUAAACAAAUAUCUUGUAAUGAUAUUGAUGAUUAUUUUAAUAAUACUAAUAAUAAUAAUAAUAAUAAUAAUUUAAAUAUUAAACAAGGUAUUGGUAGCUAUUUUUAUAUUAAUGAUGAUGAAAAUAAUAAUAAUAAUAAUAAUAAUAAUAAUAAUAAUAAUAAUAAUAAUAAUAAUAAUAAUAAUAAUAAUAAUAAUAAUAAUAAUAAUAAUAAUAAUAAUAAUAAUAAUUUAAAAGAUAAUAUUAUAGAAAAUGGAAAUAAUAUUAAUUAA